AUGACCCACAGCCCCGCCACGAGCGAGGACGAGGGAGGCCACAGUGCCAGCGAGUGUGCCGACGGGGGCUCCGAAUCCCACAGCUCCCCAGACGGGCCAGGGCGAGGCCCCCAGGGGACCCGGGCCCGGGGCAGCGGGACACCAGGUAGCCUGGCCUCUGCCCGAGGCCGCCAGGGUCGCUCCAUGUCCGUCCCCGACGACGCCCACUUCAGCAUGAUGGUCUUCAGGAUUGGCAUCCCGGACCUGCACCAGACGAAAUGCCUGCGCUUUAACCCGGACGCCACCAUCUGGACAGCCAAGCAGCAGGUGUUGUGUGCGCUGAGCGAGAGCCUGCAAGACGUGCUCAACUACGGCCUGUUCCAGCCGGCCACCUCGGGCCGGGACGCCAACUUCCUGGAGGAGGAGCGUCUGCUGCGGGAGUACCCCCAGUCCUUCGAGAAGGGGGUGCCCUACCUGGAGUUCCGAUACAAGACUCGAGUGUACAAACAGACCAAUCUGGACGAGAAACAGCUGGCCAAACUGCACACCAAGACGGGCUUGAAGAAGUUCCUGGAGUACGUGCAGCUCGGGACGUCCGACAAGGUGGCACGGCUCCUGGACAAGGGGUUGGACCCCAACUACCACGACUCGGACUCAGGAGAGACGCCCCUGACCCUGGCCGCCCAGACAGAAGGCUCCGUAGAGGUGAUUCGAACCCUGUGCCUGGGCGGGGCCCACAUCGACUUCCGGGCCCGGGAUGGCAUGACGGCGCUGCACAAGGCCGCCUGCGCCCGGCACUGCCUCGCGCUCACGGCACUCUUGGACCUCGGGGGCUCCCCCAACUACAAGGACCGCCGAGGGCUGACCCCUCUGUUCCACACGGCUAUGGUCGGGGGUGACCCCCGCUGCUGUGAGCUGCUGCUGUACAACAGGGCCCAGCUGGGCGUUGCCGACGAGAACGGUUGGCAGGAGAUCCACCAGGCCUGCCAGCGAGGGCACUCGCAACACCUGGAGCACCUGCUAUUCUACGGAGCCGAGCCUGGAGCCCAGAACGCCUCGGGGAACACGGCCCUGCACAUCUGCGCCCUGUACAACAAGGAGACCUGUGCCCGGAUCCUGCUCUACCGGGGAGCCAACAAGGACGUGAAAAACAACAGCGGGCAGACCCCCUUCCAGGUAGCCGUCAUUGCUGGGAAUUUCGAGCUGGGGGAGCUGAUCCGAAACCAUCGAGAACAGGACGUGGUGCCCUUCCAGGAGUCCCCCAAGUACGCAGCCCGCCGGCGGGGCCCCCCGGGCGCGGGGCUGACGGUGCCGCCGGCCCUGCUGCGGGCCAACAGCGACACCAGCAUGGCCCUGCCCGACUGGAUGGUGUUCUCUGCCCCGGGGGCCUCGGCCUCCGGCGCCCCCGCCCCCGCCGCGGGCCCCCAGGCCCAGGCGCAGCCCUCGGCCCCCAGCAACAAGCUCAGCAGCGGGACCCUCCGCAGCGCCAGCAGCCCCAGGGGCGCCCGGGCCCGCUCCCCGUCCCGGGGGAGGCACCCCGAGGACGUGAAGAGGCAGCCUCGCGGGCGGCCCAGCUCCAGCGGGACGCCCCGGGAAGGGCCCGCCGGGGGCACUGGGGGCUCCGGGGGGCCUGGGGGCUCCCUGGGCAGCCGUGGGAGGCGGAGGAAGCUGUACUCGGCGGUGCCCGGCCGCUCCUUUAUGGCCGUGAAGUCGUACCAGGCCCAAGGCGAGGGUGAGAUCUCCCUGAGCAAGGGCGAGAAGAUCAAAGUGCUCAGCAUCGGGGAAGGAGGCUUCUGGGAAGGCCAGGUCAAAGGUCGUGUCGGCUGGUUCCCCUCGGACUGCCUGGAGGAGGUGGCAAACCGCUCCCAGGAGGGAAAGCAAGAAAGCCGCAGUGACAAAGCCAAGCGACUCUUCCGGCACUACACCGUGGGCUCCUACGAUAGCUUCGAUGCCCCAAGCCUGCUGGAUGAGAUUGGCCCAGGGAGUGAUUACAUCAUUAAGGAGAAGACCGUGUUGUUGCAGAAGAAGGACAGCGAGGGGUUUGGGUUCGUGCUCCGGGGGGCCAAGGCGCAGACCCCGAUCGAGGAGUUCACCCCCACCCCGGCCUUCCCGGCGCUGCAGUACCUGGAGUCGGUGGACGAGGGUGGUGUGGCAUGGCGCGCAGGACUCCGCAUGGGAGACUUCCUCAUCGAGGUGAACGGGCAGAACGUGGUGAAGGUCGGCCACCGGCAGGUGGUGAACAUGAUCCGCCAGGGAGGCAACACGCUGAUGGUCAAGGUGGUGAUGGUCACCAGGCACCCGGACAUGGAUGAGGCCGCACACAAGAAAGCGCCCCAGCAGGCCAAGCGGCUCCCGCCCCCAGCCAUCUCCCUGCGUUCCAAGUCCAUGACCUCAGAGCUGGAGGAGAUGGAGUAUGAGCCGCAGCCCGCGCCGGUGCCCAGCAUGGAGAAAAAGCGGACCGUGUAUCAGAUGGCUCUCAACAAACUGGACGAAAUCCUGGCCGCGGCUCAGCAGACCAUCAGCGCCAGCGAGAGCCCGGGGCCCGGCGGCCUCGCAUCUCUGGGAAAACACCGGCCCAAGGGCUUCUUCGCCACGGAGUCGAGCUUCGAUCCCCACCACCGCUCCCAGCCCAGCUACGAACGCCCGUCUUUCCUGCCCCCGGGACCUGGGCUUAUGCUCCGGCAGAAAUCCAUCGGGGCCGCAGAAGACGAGAGACCCUACCUGGCGCCCCCGGCCAUGAAGUUCAGCCGCAGCCUGUCCGUGCCCGGCUCCGAGGACAUCCCCCCGCCGCCCACCACGUCCCCCCCCGAGCCCCCCUACAGCACCCCGCCCGCCCCCGCCUCCUCGGGCCGCCUCACCCCCUCCCCGCGGGGAGGCCCCUUCAACCCCGGCUCUGGCGGCCCCCUCCCAGCCUCUUCCCCGGCGUCCUUCGACGGACCCUCGCCUCCGGACGGCCGCGUGGGGGCCCGAGACAAGAGCCUGUACCACGGCGGGCCCCUGCCGCCCGCGCACCACCUGCCGCCGCACCACCACCACCACCACGCGCCGCCCCCGCAGCCGCACCACCACCACGCCCACCCUCCGCACCCGCCGGAGAUGGAGACCGGCGGCUCCCCCGACGACCCCCCGCCCCGCCUGGCCCUGGGGCCGCAGCCCAGCCUGCGCGGCUGGCGGGGCGGCGGGCCCAGCCCGACGCCGGGGGCCGCGUCGCCGUCCCACCACGGCGGCGGCGGCGGGGCUGCGGGCGGCGGCGGCGGCGGUGGGGCCUCCCCGCAGGCGCCGGCCCUGCGCUACUUCCAGCUGCCCCCGCGGGCGGCCAGCGCGGCCAUGUACGUGCCGGCGCGCUCGGGCCGCGGCCGCAAGGGCCCGCUCGUCAAGCAGACGAAGGUGGAGGGCGAGCCGCAGAAGGGCGGCCUCCCGCCCGCCGCGUCGCCCGCGUCCCCGCAGCCGCCGCCGCCCGCCGCGGCCGCGCCGUCGGAGAAGAGCUCCAUCCCCAUCCCCACCAUCAUCAUCAAGGCGCCGUCCACCAGCAGCAGCGGCCGCAGCAGCCAGGGCAGCAGCACCGAGGCCGAGCCCCCGACGCAGCCCGAGGCCGCGGGCGGCGGCCCCGCGCCCGGCCCCGCGCCGGCCGCGUCGCCCGUGCCGCCGCCGCCGUCGCCCGCGCCCGCGCCCGCCUCGCCCAGCGGCCCGGCCACCCUGGACUUCACCAGCCAGUUCGGCGCGGCGCUGGUGGGCGCGGCGCGCAGGGACGGCGGCUGGCAGAACGAAGCCCGCCGGCGGUCCACGCUCUUCCUGUCCACCGACGCGGGCGACGACGAGGGCGGCGAGGGCGGCGGGCUGGGCGCGGGCGCGCCCCCGGGGCCCCGCCUGCGCCACUCCAAGUCCAUCGACGAGGGCAUGUUCUCGGCCGAGCCCUACCUCCGGCUGGAGUCGGCGGGCGCGGGCGGCUACGCGGGCUACGGGGCCGGCGGCCGCGCCUACGGGGGCGGCGCGGGCGGCGGCAGCAGCGCGUUCACCAGCUUCCUGCCCCCGCGGCCCCUGGUCCACCCGCUCACCGGCAAGGCCCUGGACCCAGCCUCGCCCCUCGGGCUGGCCCUGGCCGCGCGCGAGCGGGCGCUGAAGGAGUCUUCGGAGGCCGGCGGCGGCGCCCCGCAGCCCCCUCCCAGGCCCCCGUCGCCCCGUUACGAGGCCCCGCCGCCCACCCCGCACCACCACUCGCCCCACGCCCACCACGAGCCGGUGCUGCGGCUCUGGGGGGCCCCGCCGCCCGACCCCGCGCGCCGCGAGCUGGGGUACCGGGCGGGGCUGGGCGGCCCGGAGAAGUCCCUGCCGGCCAGCCCGCCCGCGGCCCGGCGCUCCCUGCUGCACCGCCUGCCGCCCGCCGCGCCCGGGGUCGGGCCCCUCCUGCUGCAGCUGGGGCCCGAGCCCCCCGCGCCGCACCCCGCCGUCAGCAAGGCCUGGCGCUCCGCGGCCCCCGACGAGCCCGAGCGGCUGCCCCUGCACGUGCGGUUCCUGGAGAACUGCCAGCCCCGCGCCCCCGCCCGGCCGCCGUCGGAGGACGGGCCGGGGGUCCCGCCGCUCAGCCCGCGCCGCUCCGUGCCCGCCUCGCCCACGUCCCCGCGGGCCAGCGAGGAGAACGGGCUGCCGCUGCUCGUGCUGCCGCCGCCCGCGCCGUCCGUGGACGUGGAGGACGGCGAGUUCCUGUUCGUGGAGCCGCUGCCCCCGCCCCUCGAGUUCUCCAACAGCUUCGAGAAGCCCGAGUCGCCGCUCACACCCGGGCCCCCGCUCCCGCUGCCCGACCCGCCCGCCCCGGCCGCGCCCCUGCCCCCCGCGCCGCCCCCCGCCGCCGCCGCCGCCGCCGCCGCCGCCGCGCCCGCCCCGCCCGCGCUGGACUCCACCGCGUCCAGCCUGACGUCCUACGACAGUGAAGUGGCCACGCUGACCCAGGGGGCCCCCGCCGCUCCCGGGGACCCCCCUCCGCCGGGCCCGCCCGCGCCCGCGCCGCCCGCGCCGCCCGCCCCGCAGCCCGGCCCGGACCCCCCGCCCGGCACGGAUUCGGGCAUUGAGGAAGUGGACAGUCGCAGCAGCAGCGACCACCCGCUGGAGACCAUCAGCAGCGCGUCCACGCUGAGCAGCCUGUCGGCGGAAGGGGGCGGCAGCGCCGGCGGCGGCGGCGGCGGCGGGGCGGCUGUGGCCAGCGGGCCGGAGCUCCUGGACACCUACGUGGCCUACCUGGACGGCCAGGCCUUCGGGGGAGGCGGCACUCCCGGCCCACCGUACCCCCCGCAACUCAUGACUCCUUCCAAGCUGCGGGGCCGGGCCCUGGGGGCCGGCGGAGGCCUACGGCCUGGUCCCACCGGGGCGCUUCGAGACCCUGUCACCCCCACCAGCCCCACCGUGUCGGUGGCAGGGGCUGGCGCCGACGGGCUGCUGGCCCUGACCGGCUGCUCAGGACCCUCCGCGGCGGGCGUGGCCGGCGGCCCCGUGGCCGUGGAGCCCGAGGUGCCGCCCGUGCCCUUGCCGGCUGCCUCCUCCCUGCCCCGGAAGCUGCUGCCCUGGGAGGAGGGCCCGGGCCCGCCGCCGCCGCCGCUGCCGGGGCCCCUGGCCCAGCCGCAGGCCUCCGCCUUGGCCACCGUGAAAGCCAGCAUCAUCAGCGAACUCAGCUCCAAGCUCCAGCAGUUCGGAGGCGCCUCGACGGCGGGCGGCGCUCUGCCCUGGGCGCGGGGAGGCAGCGGGGGAGGCGGGGACGGCCACCACGCGGGAGCCAGCUACGUCCCCGAGAGGACGUCCUCCCUGCAGCGGCAGAGACUCUCCGAAGACCCCCAGUCCUCGCUCCUCUCCAAACCAGUCAGCAGCCUGUUUCAGAACUGGCCCAAACCGCCUCUGCCGGCGCUCCCCACCGGAAGCGGGGUUUCCCCUUCGGCCGCGGCUGCCGCAGGGGCCACCUCACCCUCGGCCUCCUCCUCCGCGUCCACCCGCCACCUCCAGGGCGUGGAGUUCGAGAUGCGGCCGCCGCUGCUCCGCCGGGCCCCCAGCCCCUCGCUGCUGCCCGCCUCGGAGCACAAGGUCAGCCCUGCGCCCAGGCCCUCGUCGCUGCCCAUCCUGCCUUCCGGACCCCUCUAUCCGGCCCUCUUUGACAUCCGCGGCUCCCCCACGGGCGGGGCAGGGGGCUCGGGAGACCCCUUCGCCCCCGUGUUCGUGCCGCCGCACCCGGGGAUGUCCGGGGGCCUCGGAGGGGCCUCCCGCUCCCUGUCGCCGACCCGCCUGCUGUCCCUGCCCCCGGACAAGCCGUUCGGCGCCAAACCUCUGGGCUUCUGGACCAAGUUCGACGUGGCCGACUGGCUCGAGUGGCUGGGCUUGGCCGAGCACCGAGCCCGGUUCCUGGACCAUGAGAUCGACGGCUCCCACCUGCCUGCCUUGACCAAGGAGGACUACGUGGACCUGGGCGUGACCAGGGUGGGGCACCGUAUGAACAUCGACCGGGCUCUCAAAUUUUUCCUGGAGAGGUGA